AUGCAACCAUCUAUUUUAAGAGCACCAUUACCACGACCAGGCGUAAGACCUGCUGCCGGAGGAGCCGGUAAAAUGGGCGGAUUAUUAGGCGGCUUAGGCGGUGCUAUUACCUGUCUCUGUUGUCUUUCGGCACUUGGUUUAAUUGGUCUCUGGGUUACUUUUAUUCCAUUUGUUGCUUUCUUCAAAUAUGCCUAUGAUCAAGAUGUUAGAGCUUAUGGUGGUAGUCCAAGCCUUCGAAAUCUUCAACAAAUCGUCAUUCUUCUUGCAAUCUGUCUGUUAACAAUUCGAUUUGUCAAACGACAGAUUUCCACAUAA